CGGCGCCCCCUGCGGCCGGGCGGCAGGCGGCCGGGCGAGGGAGCAGCGCCCGCUGCGGCCCCAUGCUGCUGCCCCUGGCCUGCCUGCACGGCCGGGUGGCGCAGUGCCUCACCGCGCUCCUCGUGCUCGCGGAGCCGCCCCCGAGGCCCCGGCGCUGCGCGAGGGCGCACGGUGCACCGCCCCCGCGCGCGGAGGCCGCCCUGCCCGCGAAGAUGGCCGCGGAGCUGUACGCGCCUACCGGCGCCGCCGCCGCCACCGCCACCGACAUUGCCAACAGCAACGCCGCCGCUGCCCCCGCCACGGGCAGGAAGGGCCCGCCCAGCGUCCCGCCACCCGCCCCGCUGCCGCCCGCGCCCUCGCCGCCCGCGCCCGACAACAACAACUUGGAGAGCCCCAACUGGCAGUCCUUCCACCCGACCCUGCGCGAGAGGAACGCGCUGAUGUUCAACAACGAGCUCAUGGCCGAUGUCCACUUCAUUGUAGGCCCCCCAGGCGGGGCCCGGAGAGUGCCUGCCCACAAGUACGUCCUGGCCGUCGGUAGCUCAGUCUUUUAUGCCAUGUUUUACGGAGACCUGGCAGAAGUUAAGUCGGAAAUCCACAUUCCCGACGUGGAGCCUGCGGCUUUCCUGAUCUUGCUAAAGUACAUGUACAGUGAUGAGAUUGACCUGGAAGCUGACACGGUGCUGGCCACGCUCUACGCUGCCAAGAAGUACAUUGUCCCCGCGUUAGCAAAAGCCUGCGUCAACUUUCUGGAGACGAGUCUGGAAGCCAAAAACGCCUGUGUCCUGCUGUCCCAGAGCCGGCUAUUUGAGGAGCCCGAGCUGACCCAGCGCUGCUGGGAGGUCAUCGACGCGCAGGCUGAGAUGGCCCUGAGGUCCGAGGGCUUCUGUGAGAUUGACUGGCAGACACUGGAAAUCAUUGUGACCCGGGAGGCCCUGAACACCAAGGAGGCGGUGGUGUUUGAGGCCGUCCUGAACUGGGCCGAGGCGGAGUGCAGGAGGCAGGGCCUGCCGGUCACACCACGCAACAAAAGGCAUGUUUUGGGGCCAGCGCUCUAUCUGGUCCGCAUCCCAACCAUGACCCUGGAGGAGUUUGCCAAUGGUGCCGCCCAGUCGGACAUCCUGACGCUGGAGGAGACCCACAACAUUUUCCUGUGGUACACGGCGACCAACAAGCCCCUGCUGGCCUUUCCGCUGACCAAGAGGAAGGGCCUCGCGCCGCAAAGGUGCCACCGCUUCCAGUCUUCCGCCUACCGCAGCAAUCAAUGGCGCUACCGCGGGCGCUGCGACAGUAUCCAGUUUGCUGUGGACAGACGCGUGUUUGUGGCGGGGCUGGGCCUGUACGGGUCCAGCUCCGGGAAAGCCGAGUACAGCGUGAAGAUCGAGCUCAAGCGACUGGGGGUGGUCCUGGCCCAGAACCUGACCAGGUUCGUCUCGGACGGCUCCAGCAGCACCUUCUCGGUGUGGUUUGAACAGCCCGUGCAGGUGGAGCAGGACACCUUCUACACGGCCAGCGCCGUCCUGGACGGCAGUGAGCUCAGCUACUUUGGGCAGGAGGGCAUGACGGAGGUGCAGUGUGGGAAGGUGACCUUCCAGUUCCAGUGCUCCUCGGACAGCACCAAUGGAACCGGGGUCCAGGGCGGGCAGAUCCCCGAGCUCAUCUUCUACGCCUGAGGGGCAUGGGGAGGGCCGUAGCUGACGGGCUCUACACACUUUAUACGCAAUCAGCUAGCGCAGCUGGGAAAUAGACUUUUUCUACACGGCCAGAGCCCCGGUUUCUGAAUCCUGGUGGCUGGGUCUCACAGGCGUCUCCUGCACGUUGGGGUGCACUUUUCAAGUAGAGGGCAGAUUUGGGGGUGCACAGCAGGCCCAGACCCUGCGAGGGGCACCCACACCACCUACUGUGUGGGCUGGCCUAUCCCUCCCAGCCUCCUGGAUUCCAUUCUAAGUGGUUCUGAGCUUAAGACCUUCCCUUCAGAUCCAAAAUCGGAAAAGUCACUUAAAAUAGUUUGUCUCUUUAAGUGGAUUUUCAUAAUAAAAUUGUAAUAAAGGGA